UCCCUCUCACCGGUUCUCCUCUAUCAUCACCUCCUUAUUUAUUACCUCAACCUAGAAGCAAAACCAAACACUUACCUUUUUGCUUCCAAAAAAAGAAGAAAAAAAAAAUCUCUCUCUUUCCAAACAAUGGAGGCCAAUAAGGAUCAAGUACAAGAAUUCAUUUUCAGGUCCAAACUCCCUGAUAUCUAUAUCCCAAACCACCUACCUUUACACACUUAUUGCUUCGAAAAGCUUUCCCAAUUCAAAGACUACCCUUGCUUGAUCAAUGGCCCUACCGGUGAUAUCUACACUUAUGCGGAUGUUGAGCUCACAUCACGCAAAGUUGCCUCUGGCCUCUACAAGUUAGGCGUCCAACAAGGCGAUGUUAUAUUGCUCUUGCUCCAAAACUCGCCAGAAUUUGUUUUUGCAUUGCUUGGAGCGUCGUUCAUUGGCGCUAUUAGCUCAACUGCAAACCCUUUCUAUACUUCAGCUGAGAUCGCAAAACAAGCAACAGCAUCAAAGGCAAAGCUGAUAAUAACACAAGCAGCUUACGCCGAGAAAGUGCAACAGUUUGCUCAAGAAAAUGAUCAUGUUAAGAUAAUGACCAUCGAUUCUCUUACAGAAAACUGCUUGCAUUUCUCAGAGUUGACAAGCUCUGAUGAGAAUGAAAUCCCUGCUGUCAAGAUUAAGCCUGAUGAUGUCGUGGCACUCCCUUAUUCGUCAGGGACUACAGGUCUCCCUAAAGGUGUCAUGUUGACUCAUAAAGGGCUUGUUACUAGUGUGGCACAACAAGUUGAUGGAGAGAACCCUAAUCUCUAUUUUCACGAGAGGGAUGUGAUUCUUUGUGUGCUGCCUUUGUUCCACAUCUAUUCACUCAAUUCCGUAUUACUUUGUGGGCUAAGAGCUGGUUCAGCAAUUUUGCUUAUGCAAAAAUUCGAGACGGUUUCAUUAAUGGACCUUGUACAGAAAUACAAGGUGACAAUUGCUCCACUCGUGCCCCCUAUCUUUCUGGCAAUUGCAAAAAGUCCAGUCGUUGAUCAGUAUGAUCUUUCUUCGAUCCGGACAGUACUGUCUGGCGCAGCACCGAUGGGGAAGGAGCUUGAGGAUACAGUCAGAGCUAAGCUGCCUAAUGCUAAACUUGGACAGGGAUAUGGAAUGACAGAGGCAGGGCCCGUGAUAGCAAUGUGCUUAGCUUUUGCAAAGGAACCCUUUGAGAUUAAAUCUGGCGCAUGUGGGACUGUUGUUAGAAAUGCAGAGAUGAAGAUUGUCGACCCGGAAACCGGUGACUCCCAACCGCGAAAUAAAGCCGGCGAGAUUUGCAUUAGGGGUUGCCAAAUAAUGAAAGGUUAUCUAAAUGAUACUGAGGCCACUGAAAGGACGAUAGACAAAGAUGGAUGGUUGCACACGGGAGAUGUUGGAUACAUUGAUGAAGAUGAACUCUUUAUCGUGGAUCGUUUGAAAGAAUUGAUCAAAUACAAAGGUUUUCAAGUAGCACCUGCUGAGCUUGAAGCAAUGUUGAUUGCUCAUCCCAACAUCUCUGAUGCUGCUGUAGUACCCAUGAAAGAUGAAGCUGCCGGAGAGGUUCCGGUUGCUUUUGUGGUGCGAUCAAAUGGUUCCAAGAUCACCGAGGAUGAAAUCAAACAAUAUAUCUCAAAACAGGUGAUCUUUUAUAAGAGAAUCGGCCGGGUUUUCUUCACGGAGGCCAUCCCCAAGGCCCCAUCGGGAAAAAUCUUGAGAAAAGACCUCAGAGCAAGGGUUGCAGCUGGUGAUAUUCCACAUCAGAUUCCUAGUACGACAUAUAUGCAAAACCAGCAUUAGUUUGAAGUUCAGAGGCAAAAUGCAUCUGAUGUGUUUUUCUUUCCUUAGCGGCCUCCAAAAAAGGGUUUCAAAAGGGAGAGGAGAAUAUGUAAACUUGAUGAUUUCAGAGCCUUCAAUUUUCAAUUGUUGCUAUCGACCUAAACUAUAUAUGAUGCUUGGUGAAUAGAAGAACGAGAUUUGUAUUAAUUAAUGGAGGUUAGCGUUGCAAAGUCAAA